CACCCGUGCCAUUUGUCUGCGGAUGCGUGUGACAGACGUCUGGGUGCUGGAAGGGGCAACAUGGCAGGACUUCUGUGUAAGCGUCGCAAAAAAGGAGUGAGUGACCUGCAAGAAGAAGGCAAAAAUGCUAUCAAUGCACCAAUGAACCCAAGCGCUGUGGACAUCCAUCCAGAGGAUACUCUCUUAGAGGAGAAUGAGGAACGCACUAUGAUUGAUCCUAACUCAAAAGAAGAUCCUAAGUUCAAAGAACUGAUCAAGGUUCUAAUUGACUGGAUUAACGAUGUGCUGGUGGAGGAGAGAAUCAUUGUGAAACAGCUUGAAGAAGACCUUUAUGAUGGGCAGGUACUGCAGAAGCUACUAGAAAAAUUGGCUGACCGUAAACUCAAUGUGGCAGAAGUGACUCAGUCUGAGAUUGGUCAGAAACAAAAGUUGCAGACUGUCCUGGAAGCUGUCCACGAUUUACUUCGACCCCAUGGCUGGACAAUCAAGUGGAACGUUGACUCAAUCCAUGGCAAGAACUUGAUUUCCAUUCUUCACCUUCUGGUAGCUUUGGCAAUGCAUUUCCGGGCUCCCAUCCGACUGCCUGAACAUGUGUCUGUACAAGUGGUGGUUGUACGAAAACGCGAAGGCCUUCUUCAGACAACUCAUGUUACAGAGGAGCUGACGACUACAACAGAGAUGAUGAUGGGAAGAUUUGAGCGUGAUGCCUUUGACACGCUUUUUGAUCAUGCGCCAGACAAACUCAGUGUCGUCAAAAAAGUUGGCUUUGUUAGCACCUGA